AUGAACACCGCAGCCGAAGACGGCCAGAAUGGCCAACAACAGUCAGGUAGCUCGUCUUCUGCCAGCUCGCACAAAGAGCUGGGGGAAUUCCGUCCCUCGAAGCGUACAUGGCUUAUCUUCCUGACGCUGGCUGUGUUGACGUUGAUGGUGGCCCUCGACGGGACAUCUAUAUCUGUUGCUUUGCCUAUAAUUGCUUCUAAACUACAUGGUUCUGCCAUUGAGGCCUUCUGGAGCGGAACCUCGUUCCUACUCUGUUCAACAGUCUUCCAGCCUAGCUUUGCGUCGUUUUCAGAUAUCUUCGGCCGCAAACCUAUGAUCCUCAUUGCCCUGACAUUCUUCUUCGUCGGCACGCUUCUCUCUGGCUUAUCAGAAAACUUCACGCAAAUGCUGGUCGGCCGCUCCAUCCAGGGCGUCGGAGGAGGCGGAAUCAUCGCCCUUACAGAAAUCGUGAUGACUGACCUGAUCCCAAUGCGUGAGCGAGGAAAGUACUUUGGCAUUCUGAGCUCCAUGUGGAGUUUGGGAUCAGUCCUAGGCCCUGUGUUGGGCGGCGGAUUCUCGCAGAACGUCUCCUGGCGAUGGAUCUUUUAUAUCAACUUCCCCUUCGUGGGCAUUGGUUUGGUGUUUAUCAUCCUGUUCUUCAAGCUUACCCCUAUUCCGGACUCGUUGGCCACGAAGCUCCGGAGGAUAGACUACAUCGGUGCGGUGCUGUUCAUUGCCUCUGCCGUCUCCUUCCUCAUCCCCAUCACUUGGGGAGGAGUCAUGUACGACUGGAGCUCCUGGCGGACGCUGGUGCCACUGAUACUGGGCAUUGCAGGACUGGUCGGAAACAUGCUCUACGAGACUUGCGUUGCUGCUGAGCCAAUGAUACCCGUAACUGUCUUCGCUACUCGGACCGCCAUCGUGUCGUACAUCGAGACGGUAAUUCACGGUCUCGUCCUCUGGUGCGGCCUGUACUAUAUGCCUCUCUACUUCGAGACAGUCAAGGAAUACUCGCCCAUUCUUUCAGGCGUGGCUCUCUUCCCGCUCAGCUUUACUGUCGCCCCCAGUGCUGUGGUAGUAGGCAUCGUCACCACUCUAACGGGUGGAUACCGCUGGUCGAUCGAAGGCAGCUUCUUCCUCAGCACUCGGGGAAUGGGCCUCUUCACCAUCUUGAAGGUAGACAGCAGUGUUCCAGCAGGGAUCUUCCUCAUCAUACCCGCCGGCGUCGGAUUAGGUAUGCUUUUCCCCGACCUAGGUUUCCCCAUCCAAGCCUCUGCACUCAAGGGCCAUAUGUCCAUCGCCGUAGCGAUGUUCAGCUUCUUCCGUGCCUUCGGUCAGGCCCUGGAACCGCAUGGUGCCAAGCUGAGGAAGUAUCCUGAGUUUUCGGCACCGGGCAUUGCAGAGACUCUGAGCAAGGAUGCCGCGGUGUUGGUGCAAGUUGUUCGAGGCAUGCAAGAUGGGCCGGAGAAGAUGCACUUGAAGGAGGCGUUUACGGGCAGUCUGAGGUUUGUCUGGAUCGUCUGCUGCGUGCUACUGGCUAUUGGAGGACUGUUGAGUGUGUUUACUGCUUCGUAUGAUUUGAAUCAGGGGAUUGAUUCGGAGCAGACACUGGCUGAGAAGAAGGACCGCCACUCGACGGCUGAGACGGGCGUGACUACACCUGAGAAGGCCUGA